GUUGUACCUCCCACCCAUGAGGAAGAUUGACAGCCUGUUGAGCGAACAGAAGAAAAGGUUGUUGAGAAGAGUCAACAUGAGUGUUCAGCACCAGGAGUUGCUACACAUAUUCCCCAAAAUGAUGGCAGACCCGCUGGAAUCUGGGGCUGUCAAAGUUCACCUCGGUGGGGAGGGUUACAACCGCAAAACCCUCAACAGGGUGAAGAGGAGCAUCAACAAGCAACAGGAUCUGAAGCUCUCAAUAGAAACGUGUCGGAUCUACAGUCUGUAUCACUCCCUUCACCACUACAAGUAUCACACCUUCCUGCACUGCAAGAAGGAGUGGAUGAACUUGAGGGUGACAACAUUUGGAAGCUUUCAACUCAGAAAGCGUAGUGUGGUGAUUAUGAUGCAUCACAUCAUCAGACUGAUCGUCCUGUUGAAUCUAUCUUAAUCAACACCAAGGGGGAGCAGACAGGUUGUGACAAUAAGAGAUCUGAUGAGGGCUUAUUAUAAUCUGAACCGCCUGGACAUAGGGGACCAGGUCAGGUAGGCUAGAGGGGCCGAAAGAGACUUAUUUAUUUCUAUAUUUGGCACCAAAGCUCACGAACAGUUAAAAAGGAACGGAUGGAGAAGUGUUGGAUGGAAAAUAAAAGGUUUAUUGUUCACACAAAUUAUAAGUUCCACUCCAGGAACAGGGAAGCCGGGAGGUGCGUUCAAGGUCCCCCGGUGUGUGUGAGUGGCUUAGACAUCCUCCCCGGACCCUGCCUACUGCAAGACAGACCAGAACCAGAUACAACAUGCUUUUAUUGAGUGACUGAUUACCUAAUUCUGAUCAGCUGUCUUGUCUCCGGCCAAGCCACUCCCAUCACUCCAGCAGCCGGCGCUCUAACCACACCCUGCUGCCACAGCCUUGCUUAGCCAUCCUUGCAUUUGGUCACACAAAAUAAUGUAAUCUGAUUACAUAUUUACAAGUAGGUUGACUUUCCGCCAACUCUGUUUCAUGAGCCUAAAUAUGACUUGUGUGUUUAACUUUAAUAAAAUAAAAAGUAAACAAUUGUUGAUCCUUUACUUUACAUGUCAUACAGCUUAGCCUUCUGGAAUGCAAUUAUAUCCACAUAAAACCUCCCAAAAAUUACAAAUAAACCAUUCACACAUGAAACAAUGUCGCCAUUGAGUCACACAGACUGAUCCAUUUCCAGCCACAAGAAGUCUUUUCUUUGAUGCAUGUUCACUGGCUUUGGUGCCACAAGCAGACUAACAAUAUAUGUUUGAUUUGCCAUGGCCGACUGCAGUUCUCCUGUUGUUCUGUGUGUGUGUGUGUGUGUGUGUGUGUGUGUGUGUGUGUG